AGGAACUAGGUUUCAGGGCAAGAUGGGGGAUCACGAACGCUGGCAAGGGUUGCAGGAGAUGCGAGGGGACGCAGAUCAUGUUAGGAGGCUCGUCGCUGAAAUGGAAGAUGCUCUGUUACGUACGAUCCCACUCGUCAGGGAUGUACUUGUGGACAUUGAACGCCGAGACGCUCGACGCGGAGAAACUCUGGAGGAGCUCCUUGGAUAUAAGGAUGCUGCCGUACAAAUCGAUCCUUCAGCUGAAAAGGAGCAUAGUAUGCCCUUCGUAGGCGGCCGACGGCCAGACGAAACACGAAAAGUCAAGAGGGAGGAGUUGAAGGCCUUUAUCGAGUCAUUCCAGCACAUUUACGCCGAGAUCAGUGGCGAAGCCACAAUGACAUAUCCGCGCGAGGACUUACGCGCAGUGACCACGCUCUGUCAAAAGUGGAGCGAGGUUAACCCAUCUUUACACGAUUGUGGACGCAGCGUGGACCAGCAGGCCCGCUACGACUCGGACAAGGUUUUGCGACCUAGACCUCGCAUCGGCGCGGACGAGCAAGGCUAUCCCUAUCACGACUGGAGUGCUUGCCAGCCCGAGACUUGGCCUUUCACAUGGCUGCAGAGGGAACGUCUUGUGAUGCAGCAGCUCGGGAUGAGAUUCGAUAACAUCGCCAUUGACGCCGACAUUCGUCUUCUCCCAGCGCCCCUAUGCCCGCGGCGACCCAGAGUGUUUGCUAGGCAGCACGAAAUUCAGUUCUCCGAUAUCCCGCAGACAAUCCAUUCCGCGCUUGAACGCUGGUACCGGAUCUACGGACGAUGUUCGGAGUGCAUCGUCCGGGCGAUGCGAACCUUUCCCCCUUGGAUCAUUAAAGUCUUCAAGGAAGAUGAACUUGUGGAUGGUAAUCCUGUAUUUGCCAACACCCUAGACGACGAGCUGGUGGAAUGGGACGAGACAUGCAGGCGGUGGCGUCAUCUCGUCUUAGAUCACUAUCGCUGGAUACCAGUUCAGGACUUGGAGGAGAGAUCUAGUGACAGCGCUGCUAAUCUCGAGAUACUCAACGGAACGGUCGAUACACCGGUCCCUUACGAUCGCUGGGCUUGGACUCGUAUCGACGUGCGGAC